CAAAUCCUCCUUAUUAUCCCUCCUCCUCCUUCUACUCCAUCCCCUUCUUCCUCUUCCUCUGCUCCUCCUCCCCAAACCCCAAAACCUAGCAAUUCUGGUUGAUUCCUCCCCAUGUGCAUAUAAUUAUUUCAUUCUUACCCAUCAGAUCUACUGGUUUCUGUAUCUUUCUCUCUCUGAUUGUGGCUAUGGUUUCGUGUUAGUGCCCUUAGUGGGUUUCUGUGGUUCAGGUACUGAAGUGUUUUUACGUACUGAGAAUUUUUGAGGAGGAAAAUGGAUGGGAAUUCCAGUGGAGGGGAUAGGGGAGGAGGGGGAGGGAACGAUGUUGAGCUUGUGUCCAAGACUCUGCAAGUGGAGCACAAGCUGUUCUAUUUCGAUCUCAAGGAGAACCCGCGUGGCCGUUACCUGAAAAUCUCCGAGAAGACCUCCGCCACUAGGUCUACCAUUAUUGUACCCUUCUCCGGCAUCUCCUGGUUCCUCGAUCUCUUCAAUUACUACGUCAACUCCGAGGAUCAUGAACUCUUCAGCAAGGAGUUGCAACUCGAUACCAAGGUCUUUUACUUUGACAUUGGCGAGAACCGCCGUGGCCGCUUUUUGAAGGUAUCUGAAGCUUCUGUCAGUAGAAACCGCAGUACCAUUAUUGUUCCUGCAGGAAGUACAAGGGAUGAAGGGUGGGCUGCAUUCAGAAGUAUUCUAGCAGAGAUCAAUGAGGCUUCAAGGCUUUUCAUAUUGCCCAAUCAGCAAAGUUCUGAACCUUCAGAACAUCUAGUUGGGCUUUCAGAUGAUGUAGGAGCCGGCUUCAUAUCCGGACACAGCAACCAACCAACCACAUCAUCUGAAUUGAAUGUGGACAGAUCAGUUGAAUUGCCAGCUCAGGAUGAAAUCAGUAACAUGGGGGUUUCAAAGGUUAUCAGAGUUGAUCAGAAGAGAUUUUUCUUUGAUCUUGGAAGCAACACCAGGGGUCAUUUCCUUAGGAUAUCUGAAGUUGCAGGUUCUGAUCGGUCCUCCAUCAUCCUUCCACUCUCAGGAUUGAAGCAGUUCCAUGAAAUGGUAGGCCAUUUCGUGGAGAUUACUAAAGAUCGGAUAGAAGGCAUGACUGGUGCAAAUGUUAGAACGGUAGAUCCUCCUCAAAGAUGAACAUGGCGUGUGGAGACUUGACUUCGGGUGAAAUAAAUUACUCUUGAUUCUAUGAAGUUGCUUCUGAAGCCACUCAUAGUCAUAGGCGUUUGAUCAGAGUGCCUUUUCUUAUUUUCUUAUCCCGUCCUCUCAUUCUUGUUUGAAAAUAAUCCGAUUUUCUCUGUUUGAUUGGCAGAGUAAUUUCGGAGAUAGUAGUGAAGUUUUGUUUCAUAAGGUAAUAAUAGACAACAAACCAAAUACCUGUAAUAGUUAGUUUGGAAAUGUGGCACCCUCAUUACAUUUUCAAUAAUGCUCAUUUCAGAUGUGUGUAUUGCUUUAUUUCAGCACAAAACAGUUACCAA